UCUUAUCAUCUUUUCGUCUACCCUUGAUCCAGGUAUUCGUCACCUACACAACCGCCAAAAUGUCGAAGCCAUUUGAUCCAGAGACGGCGGAGAACUUCGAGGAUAUGGAGAAGCAGUUCGCCGUCAAGGCCGUGGAACAUCUGAUGACAUACUGGUCCAUCCUGGAGAAGGUCCCCGGCUCUAAGCUGCGCCUGACGAAGAUGGACGACGAAAUCCUGGAGUCUUUCAUGAAGGAGUUCCCGGACUUCAACCCCGCCGACACCCUCGAUGAAGAUAAGAUGAAGAGCAAGGAGGGCAAGGAGAAGUGGCGCAACUGGAUCAACCAAUACGAGAAGACCAUCGAAGAUUUCAACUUCGGAACAAUGCUGCGUGCCAGCCCCAAGGUCGAAUACGACAGAGACACCACUAUCUUUGCCAUGCGUAUGCAGUUUUACGCUGUUGAGAUCGCCAGAAACCGUGCUGGUCUCAACGACUGGAUCUACGAACGGGCACAGAAGACCAGCUCGUAAAUAUUGAAACCGACCUUUUCUCAUUCGGGCCACGCAGGAACAGCUGCUAGAGGCAAUGAUUCAUUCGGGCCCUCCAUCCUUGCAUUGCUAAUAUCCUAAAGACUACGCAAUGGCUCGAGGCCCUGGGGUUCAACAACCGCCAUCUAGUACCUUGUCCCAUAGGUCUCAAUCGGGUGGUUCCAGUAUAGAAUAUAUGGCCAUAUAGAAGAGUGGGCUUUAGCUCCCGACAAACAACCGGGAGUGUUUCUACCGGCGCGAAUACCAUGUACAUACAGCGGAUGGAUUUUUUUGCAGUUGGAAUGCAGUGAUGAAUAGAAAGACGUGUGGCUGAUUC